GGAAAAUGUGGCGAGAGUGUGGGUGUGGGUGUCAGAGAGAGAGAGAGAGAGAGGAGGGAGGGAGGAGAGAGAUGCUAUAAGAGAUCUGAGAAGGGGGGCGAGAGAGAGAGAGAGAGAGAGAGAGAGAGAGAGGGUGGGGUAAAGUAAUGGUGUAAAGGUAGUCCUCUCUGUCUCUCCUUUUUGUUCUCUUUGCUGUUGGGAGGGAAUCUCACCACCACCAGAGAAUGAGGCGAUUCCCUCUGAAUCUGUGCAGAAAUUCUUAGGAUCUGAGGGCGGGAGGGGGAUCAGAAGACGAAAGAUUCCAACUUAGCGAGGAUUCUCGGCUGAAUCAAGAGGUCUCUUCUGUGAUUUGGGCUUGCAGAUUGGAUUUGAAGCUGGAAAGUAUAGAAUGGUGAGCAUUUGCUGAGAAAGGCGUGACUUUUUGGGUGAAGAAAGGGGAUUUUGGGAGAUGGUAUUGCGUCUUUGGUGCUCUGGUCUUGUGAUUUUUUGGUUAAAGGGCUGUAGGUUAUCUCGCGCUGUGGACCGGGUUUCUAGAGUUUGAGAGUAUUUGGGUUUCUGUUGACAAAGCUUUGAAGUUUCAUCAGGGGAAGGGUAGAUUUCUUUUAUUUAGCUUAGGGUUUCCUAGUGCUUCUGAAGGUGAGUUGGGGUUGGGGUUUGGGUUUUUAGGGUGAUAUUGAAGGAAGUUCCUCAAAGAAGCUUGCAGACAGGUGGGAUUUCUCGCCUUGUGUGAACUUAAUUGGGAUUAUUCCGGUUCUUUCUCUGGUAGCUGUGGUUCUUCUGGUAGAAAGGAAUUUGCGAAAGAAGGAAUUGUUCAUGGUAGAAGAUUUGAUGGAUUUGCUUUGUUAAAAGCAUUCGCUGAAAAAUUAGUCGGAAACUAAUCAGGACCAUGAUCACAUUGAGCACCGAACCUGUCAAAGAAUCGAUGAAGGAUGCCGACAAGUGCUUGGAUUCCCAGCUCUGGCACGCAUGCGCUGGAGGGAUGGUUCAGAUGCCGGCGGUGAACUCCAAGGUGUACUACUUCCCCCAGGGCCACGCGGAGCACGCCCAAGGCAUCGUGGACUUUGGGAGCUUUCCCCGUGUCCCGGCGUUCAUCCUCUGCCGGGUUACUGCUGUCAAAUUCAUGGCAGAUCCGGAGACGGACGAGGUCUUUGCCAAGAUCCAGAUGGUUCCAGUUCGAUCCAACGAGCCAGACUCUGGCGAUGAUGGUGGAAUGGGCCUCGGUAGCAACGGGGCUGAUGUACAGGAAAAGCCAGCUUCUUUUGCCAAGACGCUGACCCAGUCGGAUGCCAACAACGGCGGGGGCUUCUCUGUUCCUCGGUACUGUGCCGAGACCAUCUUCCCGCGGUUGGAUUACUCGGCGGACCCUCCAGUCCAAACUGUUCUUGCCAAGGAUGUGCAUGGCGAGGUUUGGAAGUUUAGACAUAUAUACAGAGGGACCCCUCGCCGCCACCUGCUUACCACUGGGUGGAGCACUUUUGUGAACCAGAAGAAGCUUGUCGCUGGCGAUUCGAUCGUGUUCCUGAGAGCAGAGAAUGGGGAUCUCUGUGUGGGGAUCAGACGAGCCAAAAGAGGGGUUGGUGGGGGGCACGAGUCUCCGUCCGGGUGGAAUCCCCCCACUGGAAAUUGUGUCUCAGCCUAUGGAGGAUUUUCUGUCUUCCUAAGGGAAGAAGAGAAUAAGUUGAUGAGAAGCAAUGGCAAUGGUUGUAACUUGGAUUCUGGUGGUAAUAUGAGGGGACGGGGCCGAGUUAGGGCCGAUUCCGUUAUCGAGGCGGCAACACUCGCAGCUAAUGGGCAGCCUUUCGAGGCAAUUUACUACCCAAGAGCUGGUACACCAGAGUUCUGCGUGAAAGCUGCAGCGGUGAAGGCAGCGAUGAGGAUCCAGUGGUGUCCAGGGAUGAGAUUUAAGAUGGCUUUCGAAACUGAGGACUCCUCGAGGAUCAGCUGGUUCAUGGGAACAAUAUCCUCUGUUCAGGUUGCAGAUCCGAUAAGAUGGCCUAAUUCACCUUGGAGGCUUCUUCAGGUGACAUGGGACGAACCAGAUCUAUUACAGAAUGUGAAACGUGUGAGCCCAUGGCUGGUAGAACUGGUUUCUAACAUGCCAGCUAUCCAUUUAACACCCUUCUCACCACCGCGGAAGAAGCUUUGCAUCCCCCAGCGCCCUGAUUUUCCCAUUGAAGGCCAACUUCCAACUCCGGCUUUCCCCAGAAACCCCUUUGGGCCCGGGAGCAGCCCCUUGUGCUGCUUCCCAGACAGCACUCCUGCAGGCAUACAGGGAGCCAGGCAUGCUCAAUUUGGUUUAUCUCUAUCAGAUCUCCGCCUCAACAAACUGCAGCCGGGUCUGUUCCAUGCUGGGCUUCACCAUCUUGAUCAAGCCACUGCACACUCUAGAAUCCCUACAGGACUUAUCUUUGGCAAUCCUGCCAUUCAUGACAAUGUCUCUUGUUUGUUAACCAUCGGCAAUCCUUCUCAGGGAACAAAGAAAUUAUGCAAUGGAAGGUCACCUCAGUUAGUCCUCUUUGGACAGCCAAUACUCACUGAACAGCAGAUAUCUUUGAGCAAUUCUGGGGACACAGUCUCCCCUGGAGUUACUGGAAACAGUUCGUUGGAUGGUAAUCCUGAAAGGACCACAAACGUAUCAGAUGGUUCUGGCUCUGCAGUUCAUCAAAAUGGGCUUGCAGAGAAUUCAUCAUGUGAUGGAUUUCCAUGGUACAGGGAUCGCCAAGCAUCUGAGCUUGGUCUGGAGACUGGACACUGCAAGGUGUUCAUGGAAUCAGAGGAUGUAGGUCGUACACUGGACCUUUCUGUCCUUGGCUCAUAUGAAGAGCUGUACGGGAGGCUUGCUGACAUGUUUGGGAUUGAUAAAUCCGAGAUGAUGAGCCAUGUGCUUUACCGAGAUGCAGUGGGUGCAGUUAAACAAACUGGAGAUGAACCGUUCAGUGAGUUCAUGAAAACAGCACGGAGGCUGACGAUAUUGACAGAUUCAGGCAGCGACAACGUAGGAAGGAAUGCAGUGUUAGCCCAAGAGAAUGUAUCAUGAAUGCACGUAAGGGGUUGCAAAAAGCCUAUGCAGGAAUUGUUUAAUAGAUUCGUAUGACCGGCCGCUGAGCGCCUGUUCCUUUCCAGUAAGAAGGUGGAUUAAGUUAAUUACAUUUUUAUGAACCCCAACGUUAAUGGUUGUGCACGUGGCCUGAUGGUUAUGUUCGUGGUUGAGAAGGCUAUAAACGUGGUGAUGGUGCGAAAGAAGAUUUGGAGGCUUGUUCCUCGGUACUGGCAUUUAACGUUGCUUUCGGAUAAUUACUGUCUGCAUCGUUCAUUUCAGUUCUGCAGUUGAUUCAUUGAAGCCUUUUUAAGACUAUUUUGUACAAGUACUGGAUCUACCGUAGCUGUCAUUCUAGAUAUUCUCUGUCAUGAGAAGUAAAAAAAA